GUGCACUGGAAUGGAAUGCCAAGUGAGAACCAUUCUUUAGCCCAUGAACAGAAACAUAACCGGCGGCACAUGAAAGUAUGAAAAGCCCAAAUUCUUAAAAAAGUUGAGGAGCACAGAAUAGCAUAGUAUGGCGGCGCUGGCGAGGAUUUUGCGGUUGCAGACGCGAUUCGUUCCAACACAAUCAUUCCAAUAUCAUCGCCACCCCAUCGUCCAAGCUUCCUCUUGGCAUUCUUCGAUCGAUACAAUAUUAAACAGAUAUGGAUUUCUUAAAAGAGAGGUCUCGACACAGACAAAUCCAAAUAAACCCGUUUGUGAAGAUGUAGGGAAUAAUGAAGCCGAUGCCUUGAAAUCUAGUGUGAACUCAGAUAAUGUCCCUACGUCCAUGAGCAUUACCGAGAACUCUUCCAUAAAGUUUUCGGCUAAUUCCAGUUUGAAAACAUCCUCAAGGCACGAUCUUGCUAUGAUUUUCACUUGCAAGGUCUGUGAAACGAGGUCCAUUAAGACAGUUUGUCGCGAAUCAUAUGAGAAGGGUGUAGUAGUAGCAAGAUGCGGUGGAUGUAAUAAUCUUCACUUGCUUGCGGAUCACCUUGGAUGGUUUGGCGAACCAGGAAGCAUUGAGGAUUUUCUGGCUACUCAGGGAGAAGAAGUUAGAAGAGGGUCAGUUGAUACACUAAAUCUUACAUUGGAAGAUAUAGCUGGAAAACAAUCUUGAAAGAUAGUGUUUUGCACAAGGGAAAAUGCAGUUCACUGAUCAGAUUAUACAAUCAUGAAGGUCUAGUGUAUUGAGCUUUCUAUAUAAUAUUCCCAUCUCAUAAUCUAACCAUAAGGAGUCAAUGCAGCAGAGAAAGGUGAGAGAAGCCAGGAAAGACAAGAGGACGGUUGGAAAUGAGAUGUUGCGAAGUUCAAGGAUAGUUUCGCAAUUAAAAUUUCACUUGUGUAGUGGGCAUUCUUCAUAUUUUUUCUUGUUACAAUUUUACAUGUUGCAUUUUGGGUC